AUGUCAGAAGAUCCUUCAUCAGCCUUUUCGCCUUCGAUUUUUUCUCGAUUAAAAAGUGACGGCAAGAUCUUGCAUGCUUUCGUGUUGAUACUGGCAGGAAUUGCUGUUCUGACCUCAAUGAGUUUCGCCUGUGCACUUGUUGCUCUUCUUCGACAAAAGAGGUCUCAUCGCCAGAUCACCGUUGAGCCGCGUUAUCAACCAUACCCUCCUUCUAAUCGCAGAGCUUUAGAAGAAGAGAAUAGGGACAAGAGCCUUUCCGAAUGUAUGCCAAUGAGAAACCUGGCAUAG